AUGCGUUUCUCCAUUGCUACCGCUGUUACCCUGGCCGCUGGUGCCUUCGCUGGUGUUGUCACUGAGACUGUCACCGACUACACCACCUUCUGCCCCGAGGCUACCUCCAUUGUCCACGGCGGCUCGACCUACAGCGUCUCUACUCCCGGAAGCGUCACUCUGACCGGUUCUUUCACUGUCACCCGUCCCCUCGUGACCCAGACCGUCACCCAGUGCAACAAGUGCACUUCCUCCGCUGUCCCCACCUCCCCCGCUGCCUCCUCCAGCGUCCCGGCCUCCGCCUCGACCCCCUACGUCCCCUCGGGCGCCGAUGCCACUGGUGUCCCCGCUGCCUCCGGCUCCGGUUCCACCCCCGCUCCCUCCCAGCCCGCCUUCAACGCUGGUGCCAUGAACGCCGCUGGCGCUGGUGCCGGUCUGGCCGCCGUCCUCGGUGCCGCCGUUCUGCUGCUGUAA